CGCGAAACGAACCUCAACAACAAAUUACUAACAGAAAUCCCUUAAACGGUCGACCCCGCUUGAAGGUCAACGAAUAAUUGUGGGAUAAUUCGCACACUCUACACUAGUAUACACUACUCUCAUAUUUCUCUCCAGCAUAUCCCUCCAUUCCCUGCAGCAGAUGCUGUGACGGUCGCCAUGAUGAUGUCGGGUUUCGCCUGCAGCAGCAGCAGCAGCAGCGAGCUGUGAGACGCACACACACGGCGACCGGGAGCGGAGCAGGGGAAGGCAGCGGAGUCCUCCAACCGAACCCACAUAAACGAGGACGCCUAUUUCCAGCCCCUCGCCGUAAAGCUUCUGUCGACAAGUGCAUAACAGUUUUCGAAAGCAAGGCUCGCUUCUUCCGCCAGUGUUUUAAGAGAGGAAUUUAAAGGAAAAACAGCUUGCUAGGGCUUUCGCAGUCCCGCCAGAGGAGGGGCAUAUGGGGCUUUGUAGCAAUGCAGAUCCCGUGCUGCUGAUGCGCUUUUGUUACUGCAUAAUGGAUAACCACAGAUAUCACCAUAUCACAGGGGAUUGCUUUAAACUUAUUUGGUGACUUGUUUUGUGAAAAGUGUCCUUUAAAGGAGAAGCUGAAAUCGGGGAUACAUAAGCCUAGGUUUAUAUACGUCAAAUCCACCGGCCAGGGCAGGGUCGAUGGCUGUAAGUUCUCUGCAUCUAAGGACUGCGAAAUCAUGAUGUUGAGGAUUGAUAGGGACGCAUCGGUGCGAGAGGGACCAUGAUAAGGCUUGACAAUAUUUUUUGAGACAUUACGUGAUUUGGAGCGUUCACUGGCCGGUCCCAUUUGCUACCUUGGGAGCAAAAACUGACCAUACUGUGAGACAUCAGCAGCAACUGAAACCAUGUCUGGAGAGGUGCGUUUGAAGAAGCUGGAGAAGCUGAUUCUUGAUGGCCCGUCUCAGUCCAGCGGCCAGUGCUUCAGUGUGGAGACCUUGCUGGAUAUUCUUGUUUGUCUGUAUGAUGAGUGCAAUAAUUCUCCCCUUAGAAGAGAGAAAAACAUCCUGGAGUUCCUAGACUGGGCCAAACCUUUUACAUCCAAGGUGAAACAGAUGCGCUUGCACAAGGAAGAUUUCGAGAUCCUGAAGGUGAUUGGACGGGGAGCGUUUGGAGAGGUUGCAGUAGUAAAGGUGAAAAAUGCAGACAAAGUAUUCGCCAUGAAGAUUCUCAACAAAUGGGAAAUGCUCAAAAGGGCUGAGACUGCAUGUUUUCGGGAGGAACGGGACGUGCUGGUGAACGGGAACAGUCAGUGGAUCACAACGUUACACUAUGCUUUCCAGGACGAGAACAACUUGUACCUGGUGAUGGACUACUAUGUAGGGGGAGAUCUGUUGACUCUGCUCAGUAAAUUUGAAGAUCGUUUGCCUGAGGACAUGGCCAAGUUCUAUCUGGCUGAAAUGGUCUUGGCUGUUGACUCUGUGCAUCAGCUACAUUAUGUUCACAGGGAUAUUAAGCCAGACAAUAUCUUGAUGGACAUGAAUGGUCACAUCCGGCUGGCUGACUUUGGCUCCUGCCUCAAGCUCAUGGAAGAUGGGACAGUCCAGUCCUCUGUGGCAGUUGGGACCCCGGACUACAUUUCUCCAGAGAUCUUGCAGGCUAUGGAAGACGGGAAGGGAAAGUACGGGCCAGAGUGUGAUUGGUGGUCUCUGGGUGUGUGCAUGUACGAGAUGCUGUAUGGAGAGACUCCCUUUUAUGCUGAAUCCCUGGUGGAGACCUAUGGAAAGAUCAUGAACCAUAAGGAGCGCUUCCAGUUCCCACUUCAGGUGACAGAUGUGUCUGAGGAGGCUAAAGAUCUCAUACGGCGGCUGAUCUGCAGCAGAGAACACCGGUUAGGCCAGAAUGGCAUCGAAGACUUCAGACAGCACCUCUUUUUCACAGGCAUCGACUGGGACAACAUCCGCACAUGUGAAGCCCCUUACAUCCCCGAAGUCAGCAGCCCCACUGACACCUCCAACUUUGACGUGGAUGAUGAUUGCCUCAAAAACUGUGAGACAUUGCCCCCACCUUCACACACAGCGUUUUCUGGACACCACCUCCCAUUUGUAGGCUUCACCUACACAAGCAAAUGCACUCUGUCAGAUCGAGGGUGUCUGCGGGAGUCCAUGGGACCGCCACAGGUAGAUGCUGAUCUUCAGCGUAGCCUGGAGGAGAGCCUGGCCUCAGAGGCCUAUGAGAGAAGGAUCCGACGUCUAGAACAGGAGAAGACCGAACUUACCCGUAAACUACAGGAGUCCACGCAAACAGUGCAGGCACUGCAGUACACUGAUUCGGACGCCCCAGUGAAUGCUAAUAAAGAGGUAGAGAUCCGGAGUUUAAAGAGUGAGAUUGACAUCCUGAAGAAACAGAUAGCAGACUCUGGUCAACUGGAACAGCAAUUGGAGGAGGCCAGCACAGUUCGAAGAGACCUGGAAGACUCGUCUAAGGUCAUCAGGAGCUUUGAGAAACAGCUGAAGAGUGUCAUGCAAGAGAGAGAUGAUCUGCACAAGGAGCUGCUGGAGUUGGCAGAGAAGGUGAAGGCUCAGGGGAAGGAGCUAAAGGAGGCUCACAGUCAAAAGAAGAUGGCCAUGAAGGAGUUCUCUGAGCUGAACGAGCAGCUGAGCGAUCUGCGCUCACAAAAGCAGCGGCUGAGCCGACAGUUCAGAGACAAAGAGGAGGAGAUGGAAGGAGUGUCACAGAAACUAGAGGCUCUACGGCUAGAGAUUCGCAAAGCUGAGAGAAUGCGCAAAGAGUUAGAGGCCCAGGCUGAGGAGCAGGCAGCAGAAGCUCAGAAGGAGAAGAAACUACGAGAGAGAACCGAACAGUACAGCAGACAGUUGGAGGAGGACCUGGAAGGGAUGAAGCAGUUGAAACAGGCUGGGCCGCCUCACGCAGCAGCGAGCUCAGACCAACAGCAGGAGCUGAUGCGCAUACGAGCGGAGCUGGAAAAGAAGAACGUGCAGUACGAGGAGGAGUUGUGUCGCCGGGAGACACUCCACAGCAGCGAGCUGAAGGGCCUCAAGAAGGAGCUCCACGAUGCUGAGGGACAACACCUCACACUCCAGAAAGAGAUUCUCAUGCUCAAAGACAAACUGGAGAAAACCCGCAGAGAAAGCCAAACUGAGCGAGAGGAGUUUGAGAUGGAGUACAAGCAGAAGUACGAGAGGGAGAGAGCCCUUCUGACAGAUGAAAACAAGAGGCUCUCAAGUGAAGUAGAGAAACUGAGCUCUAUGUAUGACCAGCUCAACAGUAGACACAGACAGCUGGAGGAGGAGAUGAGAGAGUUGGCUGAUAAGAAGGAGAGUGUUGCCCAUUGGGAGGCCCAGAUCACUGAGAUCAUACAGUGGGUGAGUGAUGAGAAAGAUGCUCGUGGUUACCUCCAAGCUCUGGCCACAAAAAUGACAGAGGAGCUUGAAGGGCUCAGGAACACCAGCUUGGGAGCCAGAGGAACGGACAUGCCGUGGAAGAUGAGGCGCUUUGCUAAGCUGGACAUGUCUGCGCGUCUAGAACUGCAGUCUGCACUAGAUGCUGAAAUCAGAGCCAAACAGUCCAUUCAGGACGAGUUUAACAAAGUCAAAGCAUCCAACAUUGCCACAGAAUGCAAACUGCAAGAAUCUGAAAGUAGAAACCAGGAGCUGCUUGCAGAAAUUGAGAGGCUGAAGAAAGAGACAGAGGAGCUGAGACUGAGGAGAGGUGUGAAGCAUCAGGAUUCCCAGAAUUCUUUCUUGGCAUUCCUCAAUGCGCCCACUUCUGCUCUGGAUCAGUUUGAUCGGUCACCCGCUUUUGGUCCCGGAAGCAAAACCAGACGUCUUGAUUCGGCAGAUUUCACUCCCUCCAACACUCCAUCACGAGAUGAAGACUCAAGAUCUCGUCGUAUAUCACGCUCGCGCUCCCCGUCAACUGCCAGUGACAUGGAGCCUAUUGAGUUGACUGACCACACGUCACGUAGUCUGCAGACUCCAACAGGCAGAUCAGGCUAUGGGAGCUUGGGACACUCAUCAUCUAAGCCCAAGGCACACCAGCUUAUUGUGAAGACCUUCACCAUUCCCACCAAAUGUAACCAGUGCACCUCUCUGAUGGUGGGACUUAUCCGUCAGGGCUGCACCUGUGAAGUCUGUAACUUCUCCUGUCAUGUCACCUGUGCUGAUAAAGCACCCUCUGUGUGCCCCAUUGCACCAGACCAAAUCAAGGGCAAAUUGGGAAUCGACACUCAGAGAGGCAUAGGGACUGCAUAUGAGGGCCAUCUUAGGAUACCAAAGCCCACAGGGGUGAAAAAGGGUUGGCAGAGGGUGUGGGCAGUGGUAUGUGACUUCAAACUUUUCCUGUAUGAGCUUGGAGAAGGGAAGGGUGCCCAGCCUGGUGUCAUAGUUAACCAGGUCAUUGACAUGAGGGAUGAAGAGUUUUCCGCCAGCUUUGUUCUGGAGUCUGAUGUCAUCCAUGCUAACAAGAGGGAUAUCCCCUGCAUUUUCAGGGUAACAGCAUCUCAGCUGUCCACCUCCUCCAGUCAGAAGACGUGCAUCCUGAUCCUGGCUGACAAUGAGCAAGAGAGGACAAAGUGGGUGUGCGCACUGAACGAACUGCACCGCAUUCUGAGGAAAAACAAGUUGAAGGAGCGUUUCGUGUAUGUGCCUAAAGAAGCGUAUGACAGCAGCCUUCCUCUCAUCAAAACCACCCAGACUGCUGCUAUUAUAGAUCAUGAACGGGUUGCUUUGGGGAAUGAGGAAGGCCUGUUUGUAAUCCACGUCACCAAAGACGAAAUUGUUCGUGUGGGUGACAUUAAGAAGGUCCAUCACAUAGAACUGAUGCCCACAGAGCAUCUAAUGGCUGUCAUCUCGGGCAGGAACCGACAAGUGUGUCUGAUCCCCAUGGCUGGGUUCGAUGGGAGAGAGACUGACAAGACUAAGGUGGCAGAUACUAAAAACUGCCAGGCACUGGUGUCUGGUGUGGUGCGCAAUAACACCUGCUUCUGCCUUGCCAUUAAAAGGCAGAUCUCCUGCUACGAAAUUAACAAGAGCAAGUCUCGCUAUUGCCAUCUGGUGGACAUACAAGCUCCAGGAACUGUCCAGUGGAUGGCGUUCUUUGGCCAACAAUUAUGUGUAGGAUACCAAGCAUGCUUUAUGCGCUACAGUUUGCAUGGAGAUACCCCUCCGGUCAGCAUGCUCCACCCAGAUGACCCAACACUGGCGUUUAUUAAGGCAGAGAACUUGGAUGCCCUUUGUGCAGUGGAAAUCUCCAAUAAAGAACUGCUGCUCUGCUUCAGUAAAAUUGCAGUGUAUGUAGACUCACAUGGCAGACGCUCGCGCCAGCAGGAGCUAAUGUGGCCCGCGACGCCCACAGCCUGCUGCUACAACGCCCCCUACCUGUCAGUCUACAGUGAAAAUGCAGUGGAUGUGUUUGAUGUGAACACUAUGGAAUGGAUACAGACCAUUCCUCUCAAAAAGGUCCGGCCGUUGAACAUGGAUGGCUCUUUGAAUCUCUUGGGCCUAGAGACAGUCAGACUCAUCUACUUUAGAAACAAGACUGCAGAGGGGGACGAACUGGUGGUGCCUGAGGUGUGUGAUAACAGCAGGAAGCAGAUGGUACGCAGCAUGAGCAACAAGAGACGAUUCUCAUUCCGUAUUCCUGAGGAGGAGAGACUGCAGCAGAGGAGAGACAUGUUGAAAGAUCCAGAGAAAAGGAACAAGUUGAUCUCCAAUCCUAUGAAUUUUAACCACGUGGCUCAUAUGGGUCCUGGAGAUGGAAUGCAGAUCCUCAGAGAUCUGCCAAUGAAUGUACGUGCUCAGGACAAUCGAGCCGUGUUCAGCGGUUCCGUCAGCAUCCCGUCAAUCACUAAAAACCGUGCCGAACCUGGGCGAUCCAUGAGCACAAGCAGUGGCCUAGGAAUGCGGUCCUCCUCUCAGAAUGGCAGUGCUCUGAGGAGGGAGUUUUCGGGUGGCAGCUACAGCUCUAAACGCCAGACCAUGACGUCACCCUCUGAGAGCUCGCUGUCGUCAGGAGGGGGGAUGGACGUGGGCGAAGCGCCGCUCUCUCAGUUUGAUAGAGAGUGGCAGGCAGUAUCGCCCUCGGAGAAGACCCCUGAUCUGAAAAGGGCUAUAAGGACCCUGCUUAGUAAGAUGAAGGACUCUGAUUCACCCCGGCACUCCACUGCCUCCAACAGCUCCACCUUCAGCAGCCCGCCGAGCCCCGCCUCCCCGCACAAAACAAAGUCCCUCUCACUGGAGAGCACAGACCGCACAGUGUGGGACACAUGAUGGACUCAACAAUGAGCCAAUCACAACAAACUUUGAGUCUGCUAGUCAUAGUGCUCCGUCCCCUCCCACACAGUCGCACCCAGGCAUCACAGGCCCCUCCCACUUCAUUUGCAUAAAGCAUCACCACUGGGAACGUACAAAGGAGAAACCACACCAACACAAGAGUUUGUAUGUUUGAGUGACCAGGACACGCAUGACUAUGACUCCGCUAAAACUGAAAAAAAAAAAAAAAAGGUGGAAGUUCGGUUCUGGAUUUUAAUGUGUCUGGUGUUUGUACAUAGACUGGGUUAGGGUUGAACUUUUAUUUAUUUAUCAUUCAGCCAUUUCAAGGUGGAAAAUACUGUCACAUCCCUCACACUCGUUCUUCAGCUGUGGACCAUAUGGAAAUGAUGAUUCCAUUAUAGAAUCCCACUAAUUUACCUGGAAAAAUAAAAAUGCAAUGAUGUAUAUUUUUUAUUUGCUUUUAAAAGUGAUGUGUGCUGUGAUUCGUUUGUUACUUCAGCUAAACGGAUAUCAGACCGCAGAUAACAGACGACCUCAUCUAUCGCUUCCUGUCCUAGAUUUGUAGGAAUUUAUAGAGGCUUUCUGACACUAUGACAUCAUGGAAUCUGUUAGUGUCAUCAUCGCCAAUCUCCAUGUAAUCCGAAACUUCCGUGAACCAACAUGACCUGUGAAAACACAUCACAGUAAUGUACAUAGGUUAAAGUAUAGUAUAAUAUAUAAUAAGGAAAUACUGAAGAGAUAAACUAUGUGGAAAAAAGAUCUCAUUGCUUUUAUUUUUAAAAUAUUAUUUUAAUAUACUCGUGCUAAGACCAAUUAAAAAGCUUAAGUUGUGUCAGUUCCUUUAGACUUUAUUCUUUCUUUGUCAUACAAUACUGCCUUGUGUAUUUUUAUUUCUUUGUUGUCUUUUUGUUUUUGUUUUUUUAUUAACCGGAAUUUUAAGAUUUUUGUGAGACACUACAAAUGUGCUUUAACUAUAAAAUUUGCAUCAUGUCUGGCCUCAUUUGUGCUUUAUCAGAUGACAAUACAUGCAUUGACCAAAACUGUACAAAUAUCAGCAAGGUUGCAUACAAAUAUCAUAUUUCUGCAAUCCUAAACCUUUAAGUCCAAAUUGUGGAACUGGUCCAGCGUGUAAUUUGAGAUUUGCAGACAGACAAAAGAUAGUUUGUUUUGUUCCUGGAUGGUUUCAUCUAAUGUUUCAGUCAACCCACAUAGUUUGGCUCUUUCUGUCUUGGAAAAACAUAUUUUUAGAAAAUCUUUUCAUUGGAUAAUUCCGUAACUUUAUCCCGUUAAGUGUUAAAACAUUCACACCAUUAUUAAAUGUACCAUUAAAAUCUAUCACAAGAAUCUGCUCCCACAGUGCCAGCAUGUAUUUGUCAUUAUUUAGUUGCAUUAGUUGUGGUUUCAAGAGAAUUUAGUCAUUCUGAGGAAAAAGAAAUGUUUAAAACUUCUCAGAAGUCACACGUCUAAUAAGCGACACAGGCUUCACUCAGUUCCUUAUUCAGUUUGCAGCUGAUUUAAUAAUUAGUUGCACAAGAAAGUGAGUCGACGCCUCAUGCAGGCUUCUGUUUGUCCUCAGAUUCUAUUCCUUCUAUAAAGUGGGAAACUCAGUUAAUUUGAUUAAUUUGUUAAAAGUUUUACAGAAAAUUGGCUCUCAAUUUUGUAGGAUCAUUGCAUCUGUAGUAAGUAACAGCAAUGGAAAAAAGACAUUUAGACAGAAACCUGCUAGAGACCUCUUAGACAAUACAUUUAUAUGUGCUCAUUCUCAUCUCAAUUCUUUAUUUUUUUCAGGAUAUGCGUUGUAAUCAGUUGAACAGUUUUGCAUGUCAUAAAUGAUAAUUCCAUGUUUCAUGGUUGUAUUAUGUUUCUCACUCACUUGACAAAGGUGGAUAUCACUUCAAGCAAUGAGGAAUCAUUUCGCACAGAUGUAUUUAAGCUGGAAGGUCGAUCAAAGACUGGAUAAACUGGCCACUAUGCAUAUAUGGAGACGUUACUAUAGUAACCUGACGCUGAUGUAAUUCAAUAAACGGAGGGAAAUGACAUGCACAGA